GUGUAUACCUAAUUUAAGUACUUAAAAGGGCAAGGCGAAUGUAUGAGGUCGUGAUGUGCAGAGUUCUUCUGAUUCUUCUGAACAAUCUCAGAUGGUGAUUGGAUUUGCAGCUGAGGCGGCCUGCAAAGAAGUUACGCAACUAUGCAGUUCUUUUCACGCAGACGCAGCAGACACAUGACGGAUUUUGGGGACGAUGACGUUGACGAUAUGAUCAGAACAAGGGACGUAGUAGAUAAACAGCGGCAGAAGUACGCGGAUUUGUCACCUCCUAGCAGCAGGAUCAUAAAGAGAACACGAGCGUCAGAGACGCCAGCACCUCCUGCGAAGAUGUCCACUACAGCUGCACGGCGUACUAGCAGGUGGUCUACUUCUAGAAAGUUUUCAUCUUCGGCUUCACCUAGUAGUAUUUUUGCGGCUUCACCCUGCAGCGGUGCCAUGGCGGCGCUGCUGGGAGUGAAGGGCUCCGUCUUGCUGUGUGCUGGGUCGUUUUCGUCACUUCUCAUGAGAGCCGUCGGUGCCGUCUUCCUCCAGGAAUACCAGACGUCUUUUCGACCCCAGAUGCGGCGGGAUCUGUCCGACCCUGAGGCAACGGUGCCCGUGGCCCAAUUCUACGGCACAGUUACAGUGGGAAACCCGCCACAGGAGUUUGAGGUGGUCUUUGACACGGGGAGUGGCAAUCUGGUGAUUCCAUCGGACUACUGCGUCGAGGAGGCCUGCACUGUGCACCACCGCUUUUCGCCCGCGGCUUCAACCUCCUCCGUCCAACUGCUAGACCUGCAGGGAACCGUGUUUGACACGGAUCGCGGUACUAGUUCAUCCUCCGACGGCGCGGACGAAGCUGAUGAUGCGACCGCUGCUGGCGCGAGCCCCCUCGAGGCGUCCUCUUGGUUCCACUGGCCCGGUACUGCUAGUGUAUCCAGCAUGCUCUACGACUCAUCAUCUUCAUCGUCAAGUACAUCUGGGAACAUCAAUUCUAGGAGCAAGCCGCGGUCGGCCUUACUCGCAGGAACAAGCGGAACAUCAUCAACUUCCAUUGGCUCUACUAGUGGCUCGUCCUCGUCCGGCAGCGAGGUGACCCUCGCGCAGAGAAGCAUGGACGAGAAGAGUAGCAAAAAAAGGAUCGAGUCUCCGGGACAGAAGUUGGCCCGUGAUCGACGUGUCGCUCAGUUGGAACGCCUCCGGGACACGUAUCGUAGAAAUAAAUCUUGUCCACCCCUGGGCUCACUUUUAUAUUCAAACACCGAUUUCUAUUUCUUGCGCUGUACAUUUUUCCUGCAUAGAUAACUCAAAGAUACAGAGGAAUCAAUAGCAGGAGGGCGUCUGUCUCUACAACUUCUGCUCUAUGUUAAAACGCAUCUUUUUUACAGAUGGCCUGCAGCAAGCACCUUGUUCUAGCUCAAGCUCUUUCUUCCCGCCUAAGCAGGCCACAAACUCUUCUGCAUAGCAAAAAACUCUCCGUUUGUGAAGUACUUUUACGUGAUGUGUCAUGGGGUUGGGGACCACGAGGGGGGAAUUUUCCUCACAAUAACGCGACGACCAUCACGUACGGAACCGGGAAGAUUACCGGGAACUACAUGCAGGACGCCCUCUGCCUGGGCUCUAGCCACUGUACUCCAGUGGCUUUUCUCGGCGUGAAGGAGGAGAGUCGGUUUCCCUUUGGGGAUCUGCCGUUUGACGGAAUCCUCGGCUUGUCGCUGCCGGAGCUCAGUGCCAACGCUAAGUUUAACGUACCAACCUAUCCUGAGGAAAAACCCACCCACACCAGAGUUGUAAUGCAGAUUUGCAAAGAGAGGAAGACUUGUAAUGCGCAUCCCCAUGAGAGCCAUUUCCAAUCGACGUGUUUUGGAAUUUGUGACGCUGUGAACAGGAUGAGCAGAUGAAUCUGUGAUGCGGCUGCACUUGCUAGCCUGCACUACACUGCAUAGCGCAACUUGUCAUGCGUGACUCACAAAACUCCUAGGCUUGUGUUGCAAAAUCCCCAUCCUGACUCUGGUGUGGGUACGUUUUUACUCAGGACACAACCGCCUUCGCGCCCUCGCACUUCACUUUUCUUCUCGGGAUGCAGAAGCCAGAAGUCCUGGUACUGCCAGCAUUCUCUUGCUGCAUAUUUCAUCGCACUUUAUACAAGAAGCAAUUAGUCGUGAACUGUGUUUCGCUUCAGACUUACUAGUCCAAAAGAACAUAUGUAUCAAAAUUUCACCGGACACCUUUGCUCAGGUUUGCAUUUCGACAAAGUCAAAUGAAAAUACUUUUACUUAUGAAAAUCUUCGGCAUCGUCCAUGGAUUUACGAAAAAAAUGUACUAGUUGUCAGAGAAUUAUAAAAUGCAUCACGUAGCUAGAUGUAGAUGUUGCUCUUUGCAGGUACAAGUGAAAAGCAAGCAGUUAAUAGAACAAGUGAUGUGCAGGAUCCAUUAAACGCAGUAGCUUCUGUUUUCACAACACAGAUAGACCUCGAACAAGCGCAGUCGUGUUGAAUGAGCAGCGAAUGCAAUUUGUUUGAUUUGAAGGUAAACGAGUUGCCUGAUGAGGAGCGUCACCUAGAGGAGGGGUUGGAGUGGGCGCCGACUCUACCCGACGCAGCUGGGUACUGGGCCGUCGGCGUACAGAAAGUUCGUGUGGGUGAACAAGAGCUUCAGAAUCCCGUCGCAUCUCGCAUCGCGUUGGACACAGGGUCAAGUCUCUCGAUGGGCCCGACCAGCGACCUGGGGCAGCUGCUCGAACUGAUCGGGCCCUGCCACGCGUCACGAGGAGGUUUGAAAACGCUUUCGACCGUGGAGUUUGUGCUUGACAGCGGGUAUCAUUUGGUCGCUUUGGUUUUCGUUUCUUUGAAUGACAAUGUAAGUACGUAGUUUCUUGUUUGUGUCUUCGUCUUGAAUUUGCAUCUUCAUUUUCCCAACAUCCUCAACAUCGCACCAACAGCCACGUUGUGAGUUGUUGCGUCAAGCGAUGAAGGUGCGAAAAGUAAGAAUGAGUUUAAAAUCAUUUAUUCAAACAGGAAAGUGAUAUCUUUGCCACCGGAAGCGUACGCAUUCGAGAGCGACAAAAAUGGAUGCGGUCUGGCGUUGCACAACAUCGACUUGCCUUCGGAAUUGAAACCCAUGUGGAUAUUGGGUCAACAAUUUUUCCGCCACUAUGCAGCGGUUUUUGACAUCCAAAACCGUCGCGUCGGACUCGCUCCGCUGAAGAAGGACAUGAAAAUGGCACAACGGGACCUGUUCUUCGGUAUCGGUACGACUACGACAGGACAAGACCCACCUCCGGCGAGUGCUACCUCCGGGACGACUCCGGGGACAGCUAGCCGCUCCUCGACCGCAACUGCCCGUCGCGGCCAGGUUGGUCACCCCAGUUCGUCUCUAGUUCAGCACGCACUCAAACCUCGGCUUGCACCCGGGCUAACCUAUGCUGAAGAUGUGGUGAGCUCCGCGAGUACACCUGGUGCAACAGGGGCGGUUUCCGGGAUAGAUAUAUCCCGCAGAAAAACAGUAGCACAUGGACGAUUUACAUUUUUUCUAAAAAUGGUUUGCACGAAAAGAAUCACACACACGCUAUGGCGAUACAAAAGAUACUUUGCAUGAUCGCGGAGAUGAAGAACAACGGGGGCGGGGCUGGGCGUACCAUCUUCAAAUCAAACGUGCUGGAGAAUGUAUGUGUUAGCUGUUUUUCUUUAUGAUGCGGCAAAGGCUUCUUGACCAUAGCCGACGAGGUGCAGGACGACGAGGGGAAUAGGCAGGCUACCUCGCCUGUUGAAAGUAGUAGGAGUGCUUCCGCUUCUUCGCGUAAAGCUUUAGGGGGCUCUCGCGGCCGGGGUGCGCGAGUGGGACCACCGCCGAGAAGAUACGUCACGCGCCCGUCUUCAGCGUCCGCCCCGACCUUGGGGUCCUCGUACAACAGUCCUGCCCAGGGUAGGGCGAGCAUGAGCAAAGCCAAAGUCGGGCUCAUUGGAUUAAGCAACGGUUUGGCGGAACUCGAACGAAACGCCUACGGAUUGACCCAUGCGCUGGCAGAGAGCUGCGACUCCGGAAAGCCGAUUGGUCGAACUCCCAUGCCGAAAUGCCAAUACUUCUCCACCUUCGAUUUUUGCAAGCGUGAACCUGCCCUGGCCUUCCAUUUCUGCGCGCGCAGUUGCGGACUCUGUGGCGAGGAAAGAAUACCCCCAAAAAAAGUUGUACACCCACACCCGCCAGAUGAACAAAAUUCAACUAAAAUUUGUGUUGCUCAAAAAGCUAAAGUUGUCCUUUCACUAAAAACUUAAACUUCGUAACGUCGCGGAGACCAAAUCCAAAGAAUGGCAUUUUUUUGGAUGCAAAAUGGAAUUAUCAGAUUUUGAUUUUGAUUUACUUAUAUCCAACAUAUCAUGCAUGCACGUGCUAGCUGGCUAGCGACUAGAGGGGUAUCGAAAAAGUUUUCCAUGCUGAAGAGCCAAGAAAACGAAAAGCAAAAGCAUAAGAAAAAAAAUCGCAUAUGCAAAUUUGUCUGCAUUUCUGAUUCCUGUGGUGGCAUCCUGCCAAUGGAUUACUGAAACAAUUGUUUGCAUGGACCCCCUGCUAGGUUUGCGCGCACAAUUAGAAGUGCGUAACCUGUUCCACUUACGUCCGAAUGAAAAAAUGCACCGUUGACAAUGUUUAGGUUACGUGGCAACACAAAUAUGAAUUUGUAUCAUGCCUAGUAGGCAUGAUACAAGUACAAGCAGUACUUGUACCUGUCCUGGUAAGUAGGGGUGUAGGGGUACUUUUCUGGAGGAUAACGAAGCAUUUCUCCGAAAGGAAUGAGCAAGGAGAUUCAGAUCUAAUCGGCACGAGUGACGAACCAAUUGUAGAGCAUUCUGGUCUAUUAUCAGAACUAGAUCUUCAUCUUGAAGAGCGAAACAGUCUACUGAAUUUCGCUCUAGGUCGUCUAAUUCUAACUCUAGAAUGCGACUGCGUGCAGGCCGGUCUCAACUCACGGCAAUCACUUCGAUCGAACUAAAAGAGGCAAGAAUGGUAUUGCGCUAGUAUGUACGACUACGAUAUCGUCUCCAUCGGUAGAUAGAUAUAAUUGAAGUGGCCUCGACCUGGCGCAUAAAGAAACCGCGAUCGGAUGAUGAGCUGGAAGAGGAAAAGCACUUUUGUAACGUACAUUACAAUUUUCUUCUUCUUCUGCAGAUUAUGGUGGUCUUGCUGGUGAAUGGUCGAAGUGGUAGUGAGGUUGUUGCUCAUCUGCCUGGGAUGUUCCUGACAGAGUAAAACAAACUAGGCGCGGAGUUGCUAGGUGCUUCGUCUCGAAGACAGAACGACAUCGAAAAGCUGAUGAGAACAUUUUUUUCCGAAACGUCGAAAAAUAUGGUGGCAAAAGAAACCACUUUUACGUUUACCAU